AGCAGUGCUCACCCAGUGCUCGCGGAAGCGGAGCGGUGACGGACGUCGAGCGAGCGCGUAUCUUCCACCGACGAGGUCGUGCAUCACGAGCGGCAGAUGACUCGGUCGUAGCGUUCGACCUGGCGAAUCAUGGCGAGCCGCAAGAGGACCGACGAGUCGUGCCGUCGUUCGUCAUCGCUCAACCACAACUUGUGGUUCUCGUCGUCGGAGGACGAGGACGAGAAGGCGACCCCGUCCGGCGCCCGUCGCGCGGCGACGUGCAGGAGACCGCACGCGUCGCCGUCGGAAAACGACGUCGCCUUGGCGCGGCCCUCGCCCUCGGACGAGCAGGAGAGGUACGGUCCUCGUUGUCAAGAACCGUGCACCAGGAACGUCCCGCCAGCGUCUAGAGGUCGCGUGGAUGCCGUCGAGCAGGCGACAAGUCAGGACGCAGCUUUGCGUCGCGACAGCAACCCCUUCAGCUUCAAGGCCUUCCUGAAGAAUGGCACGCAACAGACUAAUUAUCACAGUACCGGAGCACGGCCCAAGGUCUACACCUCCCCCACCUCGAGUCCUGGUAGUAUUCUCAAUAAGGACAAUCCCGGUAGCGUCUAUUCUAAUCGGAAUCCUACGGAGCUACCGGACUUUGUACAGGAUCACCUGGUCAUUGAACAGUGUUACUUGAAUCACGAGGCUGCUCAGCCCGUGUUGCCCGACGUGGACAAUCUACCGGAUUUUGCGCUGAACAGCGUGGAGCAGAGACAAUCUCGGCUGCGGAACGAGAGCAAGAAGAACGACAGCGAUGCUCCGUGCGAGGAUCUGCGAUCGUUCGAUCUCACGGAUACGCUGCACAAGGAUUUGCCGCACAGAGAGCAUUCUGCGUCGAACGCGAAUCACUUGGACCUGCCUGCGUUUGAAGGCAGGCACGACGACGGCCGCCCUCGCCCCGAAAAUGACUUCCCGUUUAGUUUACUGCCGCCUUUCGGCAGGGAUCGGAUUCCAUCUAUCAAGUCGAAUCCCAGCGUAAAUGCCGCCGUGCGGGAGGGCCCGCCACCGGGCAGUGAAGCAAGCGUCCACAAAUCCCUACCAGACUUCUUGAGUGACGGUCCUAUGCACAACAGAUCUGCAGAUCCAGAACCCGCGCGCAUGACAGAGUCCGCGGAAAUAAGGCUGUUGCUCGAGAACGAAGCGUUACGUCAAGAGUUAGAGUUAGCCCGAAGACAAAUUAGUGAAAAGACCGAACGAAUUCGAUCGCUAGAAGCAGAAUUAUUGUCGAAAAAGGAAGUCGAGCAUGAAGAAACGGCGCAUUUGGAGAAGGCGAUGGAGCAAGUCGAGGACAACUUAAAACGAAGUACAAAGCGAGCAGUUAAUGCUGAGAGUACUGUUACGUCAUUGAAGAAGGAGAUUAAAGCUUUAACGACGGAGAUAUCGAUGCUGCGAGUGGAGAACGGUGAACUCCGGGCCGGUAUCUCCUCGACUGGCCAAAGCGAGUCGAAUGUUGGCGCUGGUAACAUGAAUCGUACGGUUAGAAGGCUUGCUCGUGAUCUAUUCACAGCUGCAUCAUCGGCCGAAGUGUCUCUCAGACAGCUAAUGUCCGGCGUGGACAACCUGAGAGUCCUCGCAUCGACCCUCGAGAACAUGGACAGAAUAGAAGACUGGACCAAAGACUUUUUACCUGAUUCCGACGAGGAUAAUGCUGCCGGUCCUGCAGUAUAAUAUGAGAGAAAACGAAGCUUGCUUUCUCCCUCUAUAUACAUACAUACAUAUAUAUAUAGAUAUAUACAUAUUACAUACAUUCAUAUUUUCACACUAUCCCAUGUUUUGUCACUCCUCCGUACGUGUAUCCCGAUAGCCCGCAAUUUUGCUGCGCAUCCACCGAUAAUCUUUGCGCCGAUAUAUUAAUAACGUUGCGCAGCAUCGUUGUGAACACAAAGAGAUACAAUUGUCACCCGAUCGUUUCUUGUUAUCUGCGGUUAUCGCAGAAUUUUUAAUUCCCAUCCCUUUUACCGCCGCUCAUAAUGCGAAUAAUCUAAUGCACGAUUGCUUCGAUUCAAACGAGGACACGAAGAGGGAGUACGUAUUAAUUAUUUAUGAAAUACUCGUUAUAUAUUUUUGUAUUUCUCUUUUCGUGACAAUUUGUAAAAUCCGCUUGUUGGACAGCGGAGAAGUGGCAGUUAUAUUUCCAAUGGCAUCGUAAUUGCAAUCUUUUUCAAUUAAAUAAAUAUAUUUUAUUAAUUAUGUAUCAUACGUGGACGAAGAAUGUGAAUUUUUACAUGAAAAAAAAACGAAACUCGCGCGUAUGCGGAACUUUACGUGAUAUUAUUGCAAUUUUGACGAGCACAGAGUGGUUAUUGCGUGCAUCAUGCAAUAUAUCACGUAAUACAGGUCAGAAUAUAUUUUUGACAAAAGAGACGAUGAAACUUUUACCGUGUAUACGAUAUGGAGGCUUUAAGCUAGAGAGAUACGACCAUGUACAUUUAAUCCGACUUCAACCCAGAAAAAUUUAACUGAUAAGUUACGUAAAUCGCGCAAUAUGUAUAUAUUACUAGUGCAAUAUUUAUUUUUGAAUCAAUACUGUAUGCAAAAAUACAUGCAGAGUACGUAAUACCACUUUGAUAUUGAAAGAAAUUAAAUGAUAUGCACACAGA